CAAAUGUCAAUGUCAAACGUCAAAAAAACGAGCGAAAAUGUUUUGUGUUGUGCGCAGAUAAUUUUAGUAAUUUGGUAUUUUCUCGAUAAUUGUCAGUUAAAAUCGUCUUUGCGGAUAAAUACAUUGUGCAUAUAGGUUUUAUUAUUGUGUGAAGUACUGUUAUUGGUUAUGUUCAAAAAGCAAGAUUUGUUUUUCAAGUAGCGUCAUGCCGCCUAAAACUAGAGCGCGGACAACGAAAUCUUCGAAAGAAAACAUCGGUGUUGUAGAGAAAUCCAAGCCGAAGACUUCUAAUAAAAGUGCAAAACCUCGUAAAGCUUUGGCUGACAAAACAAACUCUGCUUCAGACGACAAUGAUGACGUACCAAAAAAGACCACCAAGAAGGCAGUCACUAAAGCAAUUGAAAUUGCAGAUGAAAACACACAGAGACCCCGUCGUGAGAGACGUCUCCCCAAUAGGUUUGUCGAAAAUCAAGUGUUGAUUAGUCUAUCAAACAGUAAGGAGUCAGAAGAACCAAAAUCUGUUGUUAACAAAAGCAAGACUCCAAACAAAAACGAUACCUCAAUAGUUUCACCGUUUAAAACACCUCAGAAAGAUGCUGACAAUAGCUUGUUAGCCCCUCGUCCUAAAAGGAUUUGCCGCUUGCCAUCUAAGUUUGAUGAUCAUUCUGUGAGCCCCAACAAGUUCAUACCUGUAGGAUGUCAUGCCAGUACUCCAAUAUUGCCUAAUAAAGGUAAACCUGACAGCAAAGUUAUUCAGAAACCAGCCGCACAAAACCUAACCUCAAAGUCUUACCCGAAGUCUACCUCUCAAAAUAUAGCUAAGCAACCUAGAAUACCUCUUAAGAAAAACCCAGAAAAAACAUCAGACACAAAUAACAAUGCCAAGCAAAGGUUAUUAAAGUCUAAAGCCCCAGUAAAUAAAUCUCAAUCUCCUGAGAAAUUGCCUGUAAAAACAGCUGGUCAGAAACUGUUGGAGAAAAGCUUUUCAUUCAGGGUUCUUGAUGAUAAAAAGAAGAAGUCAUCAUUGAAAAGGGACAGUGGUCAUCUUGAUGUUUAUGAGUUCACAUUCGACCCUAACGAGGAACCACCACCACAGAAGAAAAAACGAAAGAGGACAGUCAAGAAGAAACCUGCCAAGCCAAAAACAGUUGUAUUCAAAAAUAAUUAUGAUCAAAAUGUCAACAAAGCUUUGGCAGCCUUGAAGAACAUAGUGGCUAGUAACACAAAGCAAUUUCUAACAAAAUCUGCAACAGCUUUGCAAAAUCAAGCAAAAAUUGCAUAUAAACCUCAAAUAACUGUAACAGACACAGUUAAACAGUCAGAAUCUAAGAAGGUAACAGAAGAGAUACAAAAUGUAACUGACAUCAAUCAUGUCUCAGUAGGAAUCGAAGAUAUUGCUGCUGAUAUUGAGCCUUUGCCUGACCACUUUGAAGUCAAUUAUUCGCCAGUAACGUCACCUAAUCGUCCUAAGUCUCCAGUACAAAGUACCACUCAGGAUCACAGCAUUAACAGGACUGACAAUGAUCCUCUAAAACUUCAAGAAGAUUUUAGUUUCUUCGAUGAGCCUCCUGUAGCAAGUAGUAGCAUGAAUAUGUCAGUAAGAAGGCCCCAUGCUAGCCCCUGGAGGGUACAGUUUGAGCAGUUGCCCAUAAGGUGGCAAGCGAACACUUACGUCAAGCCAAACAUGACACCUGCCGUUGAAUGUUCAUUCAUCAAUAUUGAAGAUAACAAAAAGAAGCAUGUGUACACCAAUAUGGUGCCUGAGGAUGAUGAAGUGUUGCCUGAAAUUGUUGAUAACAAUCAACCUAAUCUGAAACAAACCAGCAUAAUUUCUUUCAUAAAAGAAAUGGCAGAGAAAAGUGCCAGUAAAAGGAAAAGAGCUAGGUCUGUGACACCAACUAAAGCUAAUUCUUUGUUUGAGGAUGUUUCACAUAUGGGUGGUCAUGGAAACAAAGAUACUGCAUACCAUACUCCCAGAAAAACUCCUCGAAAAGAAGCACCUGAAAUUUCACCUGCUCAAGAGAGUGCUGAAAAGAAUGAGUCAAAUAGUAGCAAAUCAUCAAAUAAUGAAUAUAAAGAAAACUCCAGUGAAGGUAAAAGCAGUAAAAAGAAUACUCCUGGGAAGUCUAAGAAAGACAAAAGCCAGGAUGGUACAUUCUUUGGAUUUGAUGACAGUGAAGAUCAGGAGAAUAUGUCACCAGUCAAGAUAGAUAACCCCAGAGUUAGAGCCUUGAGGCCUCGUGCUAGAGCUGUGCUGCAAGAAAUAAAUGCUCAGACUGGGCCUUGUAGAGCAAAUAUUCCCCUCGCUGCGAAGACUAAAGUAGCUGCCAGUUCAGAGGCAGUGAACCAAGUGUAUGAUGAGAUGAAGUCAGCCUCUGAUGCCCCAGUCUUUCCUGAGAAUAUUGAAAAGAACACAGAGAAUAUUGGUGCCACAGACCUGGCAGAAAACUCAAAUGCUCAAGAACUUGAUGACGAUGAUAACUAUUCUGUCCAUUUGUUUGAAGAUAUUGAAGUUGUACAUCAUUUGAAGCCAACCAGAAAGAGUUACGGCAAGGCCAAGAAGGUUACAUUCCGCCAGGGUUCCACAUCGGGCAGCGAUACGAGGGUCUAUGAUCAAGAGUCAGGUGAAGAGGACAACUUGGCAGACCUCACAUUCACCAUGCCCAAUAUGGAGAAAACCAAGGCUAAGAAGAAAGCAAAACCGAAGAAAAGGGAUUUGUCCAAGAAGGAGAAAGCUGAAUUGGAGGCUUGGGCAGCUGGCUUCAAUUCAAUGUGUGAAGAUAUUGAAGAAUUCCCGCUUAUGGUUGAGUAAGAUCUGUAAUAUGUCCUGGAAUUAUCAUUCUUUUGAUUUUAAGUUAAGAUUAUGCUGUUAAGUGCCCAGUGUGUGGGUGAAUGUUUUGUAUUUAAAAAUUAAGUUUAACUUUUUACUCCCAAUUGCAACUUUAUGACAUUCAACUUAAAGUUGUCUACUGUAAGAAACAGUGUUUAGUUAGCUCUGUUGUCAUCAUGAGAUGAUAUCAUGUGAUCAUGCAAUAUUAUGUUUUAUUCUUUUUACUUUUGGUAUAUUAUGGUCAUUCACGCUUUUCGUCGUAGACAACGUCGGUAUCGCGAAGCGAAGUCGCUAACGUGGCAUUUUCCGAAGUCUAUACAUUUGUAAAUAAAUAAUGUGGUGUUAAUUGAGCAAAAUUAGGUUAUGUUUUAUUUCAAAUGAAAAAAAAAAAGCAUGCUUUAUUUUUUAAAUAAUAAUGUUCUAAGUAAUAUUAAUUUAAAAAUGAAUCUUAAUGUAAGAAAAAUGUUGACAUAAAAAGAGAUUUUAUUAUAUUGUGGCCAUGAUAGUGUUGCCAUUUUAUUUAGGGUUACUAUUAUAAUGAUAAAACUAAGGGAAUAUUUUAUUUUUAAGUACUAAGACGAAAGUCUAAAAUUGCAAUAGUUUUUAAGUUGUUUUGACAAUAUUUUGUAUGUGUGUUGAUGUAAUCGCAACUUUUAAAUAAACAAAGAACCAAGCAAAGUAACUAAAGUACAAGACAAUUAUACAUAAUGAAUUAAUGGUAAAUAAGUAUAUUUUUUUUAAACUUGAUCUGCCGAGAUCUGCACCUUUACGAACAAUAAUCUGAUAAGUGUCCUUAGUUAAGAUGUGACGUCACAAAUACAUAGAUGUAAAUAAA